AUGGUGCAACGGUCGACUACCUCGAUUUCUCUAUUACUGCUGGCAAUUUCGUUUGUGUGGAGAUGCAUCGCAACCGAAACGAGUUUGCGAGUCGUGACCCGGGAAGAACUCGCGGUGCACGACGGCAAACAAAACGACGCCCUGUGGCUCAGCAUACUCGGUGAAGUCUACGACGUGACGGCUGGGAAGGAAUACUAUGGUGAAAAUGGACCGUACUCUGUGUUUGUGGGGAAAGACGGAUCGGUUCCGUUCGUGACGGGUACAUUUACGGAGGAAGAAGCCGCCAAGCCGUUAAGUGUGUUGGAACCCCAGCAGAUGUACGGAAUCGAGAACUGGCGAAGCUUUUACGAGACUGAGGAAAAAUACAAAUACAUAGGAGUACUGGAGGGUGUACUGUACGACAGAGACGGAAACCCUACCGACGAAUUGCUGAGACUACGAGGAGUGUUGGCGGAAGCAAAAGUAGAAGCCGAGCGACGAGAAGCCGCCCGCAAGGAAAAGAUUCGACAACGGCGACUCAAAAAGGAAGCCGCCGAACAAGCCGCUCAAAACACAGCUAGCAAAAACGGAGAACUGUAA